UCCAAUGGCCAAACAGCAGACAUGAGUGCAAUGGGAACCGCAAUGUUCACUUGCAUCGUCUGGGCAGUGAAUGCACAGAUCGCUUUAACCAUGAGCCUCUUCACAUGGAUCCAACACGCCUUGAUCUGGGGAAGUAUCUUCACCUGGUACAUCUUCCUUGCCCUCUUCGGCAUGUUACCUCCAAAAAUAUCAGGCAACAUCUUCCACAUGCUCCUCGAAGCUCUAGCACCUGCGCCAAUCUUCUGGCUCACCACACUGCUGGUCAUAGCCGCCACAACACUUCCUUGCUUAGCUCACAUCUCCUUCCAGAGAUCGUUGAACCCUCUGGACCACCACAUCAUCCAAGAGAUCAAGCAUUUCAAAAUCGACGUCCAGGACGAGCGUAUGUGGACAAGAGAGAGAUCCAAUGCUCGACAAAAGACCAAGAUUGGAUUCAUAGCUCGUGUAGAUGCCAAGAUCCGCCAGCUGAGAGGGAGACUCCAGAAGAAACACUUAAUUCUGAGUGUUGUGAGAGGUAUGAGUGGUACGAGCGCCUCAGCAUCAAGUGAGACGACAACGACCACCACACAUCAUAGUUGAUCCAGUAUAUAACAUUAACAUACACUCAGCAAGAAGAGAUUCAUAUACUUUUUAUAUAUAAAGAGAAAGAAAGAAAGUGGAGAAUCUAUUUUCAGGAAAUACUGAUAAUGUCUUUGAACCAUUUGAAGCUUUUUUCUAAUGGAUCCUUUCAUCUUCUGUUCAACUGAGUAAACCUUAUAGCCAGCGACUCUUCUCUUCCUCCUCGAUUCCGGAUCGCUGAAACUCCAGCUUCUUGACGCCCCACCAUCUGGAAUGCUUUUGCUUUUCUUUACCUUCUUCUGGUAAUCGUUUGUCUGAUCGGCAGCUGGGAGGUUUCCAGACGCGGUUGCGGCUGAUGGUUCCAUUUCUUUGUAAUAGUUAUCCAUAGAGGUGGGUUCAUGAUUUGUGUUUUGGUCUAAAGAACAAGAGACUUUUGGUCUUUUACAAAG